AUGGGCCGGCGGCGCAGCGGAUCUGAGCGGCUGGGUCUCGGGACCCUCCGCGAGGCGACCAGGAGCUGUAGCGCGGGGACUGUAGCACUGCCUCCGCCUCAACGGCGAGACGGAAGCCUAGCGGCGGCCCGAGCCCGACCUCCGGGCGGUGAGGAGGGGAGCUGGAGCCGACUGUCCGCCCCGCGGGGAGCCGGAACCACUCACCGACCCGAGCCGGCUGCGCUCUCGAAGGAACGUUCGUUCAUUCCCUUGCUGGACGCAGGGCAUAACUGCUCGCCUGUUUGCCUCGAGCCUCGGGAAGGUCAGCCUGUCUGGAUUCCAGUACGCUGCCUGUGUGUCAGAGUAAAUACCAAACCGCUCGCCGGCUUCCUUCGUACCGUGGUUAGCCGAAAGGCUGGUUUCUUUGAGCUCUUGACGUUGAGUAGGCCUCGUGAGCGUCUGGAGAUGGCGGCAUCCAAAGAGGCCAUCCCUUCCUUAGCAGAGUGUCAGUGCGGCAUCUGUAUGGAAAUCCUAGUCGAGCCGGUAACCCUUCCCUGCAACCACACGCUCUGUAACCCGUGCUUUCAGUCAACUGUUGAAAAGGCCAACCUGUGCUGUCCCUUCUGUCGCCGCCGGGUCUCUUCGUGGACUCGGUAUCAUACCCGAAGAAAUUCUCUUGUCAAUAGAGACCUGUGGGAGAUUAUUCAAAAACACUAUGCAAAGGAGUGCAAGCUUAGAGCCUCUGGGCAGGAAUCAAGGGAAAUCAUUGAUGACUACCAGCCAGUUCGUCUGUUAAGUGAACCUGGAGAGUUGAGACGAGAAUAUGAAGAAGAGAUAAGCAAGGUGGAGGCUGAACGACAAGCCAGCAAGGAAGAAGAAAAUAAAGCCAGUGAGGAAUACAUACAGAAGUUGUUGGCAGAAGAGGAGGAGGAGGAAAAAAGACGGACGCAAAAGAGGAGAAGUGAGAUGGAAGAACAGCUGAAAGGCGAUGAAGAGCUGGCAAGGAGGCUCAGCGUCAGUAUUAACAGUAACUAUGAGAAAAAUAUCUCGGCUUCUCCUUCAAGUUCCAGAAAAUCUGAUGCAGUCUCAAACAAGUCACAAAAGAAAAAUACAAACAAACAAAAAAACUUUGGAGACAUUCAAAAAUAUUUGUCACCUAAAUUGAAGUCUGGGUCAGCAUGGCCAUGUGAAGCUCUAUGUGGAGAAGAUAAAAGCUGCUUAUCUAAGGAAAUUGGCAGUAGUGACAUGAAGAGCCCUGUGUGGCAAGACACAGAAAUUGAAAAAGAUAUGCCAACCCUUUCUCCGCAGAUAUGCCUAGAAACUCAAGAACAAGGUUCAGGGUCUUCGGCAGAGUCACCUGUGCCAUGGUUAUGUGCCGGGGAUGCUGAACAGUGCCUUGAAGGAACAGUUGAAACACUAUCAACCAAUGGUGAUGAUUUAUGUGUCGUAAAUCAUGAGGGAUCUAAAGUCAAAGUUUCCUACUCUAUUGAAGCUACAGUUAAGCCCCCCGGUAAAAUAGAAAACAAAGAGUGCUCUGUGUCAGGUGUGACCCAGUUAGCUGACAGUAACAGAGUUCCAGAAAGUAGAGUGUAUCAUCUAGUAGUUGGAAAAGAGAUUUCCGAAAAAGAAAACCAGGAGUCUGUGUUAGAAGCAGUGAUGGAUCCGUGCUUUUCUGCAAAAAGAAGGAAAAUGUUCCUCAAAUCGUCAGAUCAAGAAGAAACAGAAGUGAAUUUUACACAAAAACUGAUAGAUUUGGAACACAUGCUUUUUGAGAGACAUAAGCAAGAAGAACAGGACAGAUUGUUAGCAUUACAGCUUCAGAAAGAGGUGGACAAAGAACCGAUGACGCUAAACCGACAGAAAGGAUCCCCAAAUCAGUACCAAUUGCGCACAUCUUCACCACCAGACAGGCUGCUGAGUAAACAGAGGAAGAAUUCCAAAGAUAGGAACUCCGAAAAGCCAACUAAUUCAGAAACAUCAAAAUCUCAAAGGAGCACAAAAGAUGAAUAUUGGCAACCCUUUAAAAGCACAUGGAAGGAUUCAGUUAAUGGAAGAAAGAAAAGUUCUACUAAAAAUGUUUGUAGUAAUGUAUCUAAACGUACUUAUUCCCUACAGUCUAGUAAUUCACAGAAAAGUAUUAUCCAAAUGUUUCAGCGAUAAACCAAGCAAAGCAUGGCUGAAGAGAGUGUUAUAUAAUCUAGCAAAGCUGUAUUGUAAAGCUAUCUCUUUUCCAUCAUAAAAUCUUGAGAUGUCAUUAACUUCUACUCAGCAAGCACACUUACUCUCUUUUCUAAGGGUUGGUUACAAAGGAAGAGCCUACAAACAUGUUUUUGCGAAAGUCAGUGAUAAGGAACGGGCCUUAAGAAUUGUUUCUGUUGUCAAUACUACUGUGUUCUAAUUGCAGCAGUCUUUACAGGUAUAAAAAUGCCUAGGUGGGACACCUUCAGGUGCCAUGAAUGGGUAAGGAAUCCACCAGGGUGUCUUCCAUAUAACACUAAAGUAGCUAUUCCCAUACCUGCUUUAAGCAUACUAGCUUUCCUUUGGUUUAAGAUGGACUAGGAUCUACAUCAAGUAGUUGACAAAAGGGAUAUUAGGUGGGUAACACAAAAGGGUUUAAGAGUGGUAUGGGGCUGAGUGGUGGGUUGGCAGUUAGGGGUCACUGAAACUGUAACCACAAACUGGGUCUAGAAUGGGCACCGAAUUUCUUGUGGCACAACAUGAACCCUUCUUUAAGUGACAGAAAUAUUUUGGGUUUUCAGCUUUUCACACCAUGGUAUCUUGGCAAAUAUUGGGAUAUUUUUACAGAUCCCUUCUAGAAAUAAGAAAUUUACUACAGGAAAACUAUACCGUAGACUUCUAUUGAACACCGUUGAUACCACCCUUAUUGCUUACUGGCUCAUACUUUUGUGUUUGUAUGCAGAGAUAGAUUGAAAGUGGUAUGUGGAGUUUGCCCAGGCUUUCCCUAAAAGGUAAAUCCAAAGGGAACAGACUUAAUUUUGUGAAGUUUAACUUUUACUAACAUCUUUCCAAUAGUAUUUCGUCUGGUGUCCUGGCAUCCAUUUACUGUGGACAUAAUGAACCGUCUUGGUACAGUGUUUGACUUGAUCCACAUUUUUGUCCACAUAUUUGAGCUUUUUCUUCCAAGUUUUGAGAUUGUUUUUAUGUUUAUCUUGGCAUAAUUUUUUUUCUAAGAGCAAUUUAACUUAAUGCUUUAAGUGUUGGAAUUCCAAAUUAAAAGUUAUCACAUUGAAUCUUUGUGGAAUAGUUCAUAACCAAAGGGAAGAAGAAAAAGAGUGAUGUGGUUAGAAUUUAUGUACUUCUCCACUGGCUUGUCCAGGGGGGAGUCAUCUUGACUGAAGUUGCUUUUGAGAUUUGUCAAUUCUCUUUUAGCCUUUCUGUUAUUCCUACUGUUUAUGCCUUUGUGUUAGAGAGUAUUACAUUUUUUUUUAUUGGUCAUUAGUGAAUGUUGUUUUCCUCAUUUUUGUGGAAAAUAUUUAAUUUUAUCAGAAUAUUAAAGCUGUGCAGAUGUUGAAAAUAAAAUUAAAAAGAGACUGGG